AUGAACAUCAUUAAACUUCUCUCCAGCUUCCGACGGCUCCGGCCUCAUACUCACAGUUAUCUCCUUCGGCUGCCAAUCGAAAUUAUGUUAGAAAUACUCAAUCUCCUCCCUCCAUACUGCUUACUGGUCGUAUACCAGACCUGUCGACCGCUACGCGCCAUUAUUCAUCAGAACUUCCUUUCUGGGAGGGGGGAGAUGCUGGCUACACUCGAAGAUAAGCUGCGCUAUCUAACCUGCCUCGCCAGAUCCCUCCCUGAUCAAUGGGUUUGUGCCAAAUGCUGCAAACUUCAUAAAACUUACUGGUUAGAUGUGCCAGCAUACUACAUAUAUACUCCAGAAUGCGAAAAGGGUACCAUAUUGCCCAAUCGUGAAGACAUUUCGAAUCGCAAUACGUACGCCCUUCAUAUGCCAGCGCACAGGCACGUCCAACUCACUCUUAAGUAUAUUCGAUUAGGGAGGUUAAGCUGGAAACAUCAGAAACGUCUUCAAAAACUUCUCAAACCACAUUACUUCCCGGUUAAAGAGAAGUUUUACACCAUUGAAAAUAAGGGCAUCUUAGAACAUUGGUCAUAUUAUCCCAAGGUCAUAGAGGGAAGAUAUAUAUACUUAUCUAUCCAGACUUACCUUGAGGGUCAGAAUAAAAUAUCACGACAGUAUCUAAAAUGGGGAGACAUAUGCCAUCAUAUAGGUGGAUAUAAAGAGAGCAUUGAAAUAGCUAUCGACAUGGCAUUCUCAGUAGAAAAUACUCGGCUUUUCUUUUGCUGCAGUUCUUGUAGAACAGAUUUCUCUAUACAAGCCUCGCCGGAGCGUGUGACUAUAUACACAUGGCAAGAUUUAGGACCAGAAGGAACAGUAGUUGAUCCAGAAUGGGAGUCGAUGCUAUGCGAUCUCACAAGAGUCUGUCACCAGCCUGGAAGCAUUCGGGAUCUAUAUGACCAGCUUGAAAACAACGAGGAUUAUUGGGUAUUUUAA